UGUUGUUUUACCAAACACCCCCUUAAGCUUACGGGAAAGAGAGAUGAUUCAAUCAAACGAAAAAGUGAGCGGUGAAGGGCAAAGAAAAGGAAAACCUCCAAAACCGAAAACCAAACGAACGGAGAAAAGAAACAAACCCAAUCGGAGGAACCGACGGGGAACGGAGGAGCCCUUGCCGGCUCCGUUCCUUCUCGAUUAACCGGAAAACUAUAUGAUUAAGACAAUUAACAAAAUCAUUUGAAAAGAUUUCAAAUAUUAAACAUCGUCAUCAUCCUCUCAGUUGCUUCGCAAGAUCUGAACUUUAAGAUCCGCCGGCCAUGGAUUUCAUGAAAGUAAUCGAUCAGACUGUCCGCGAAAUAAAGCGAGAAGUGAAUCUCAAGGUUUUGAAGGUUCCUGAAAUUGAACAGAAGGUACUGGAUGCCACGAACGAUGAACCAUGGGGUCCUCAUGGCACUGCGUUGCAAGAGAUUUCUAUGGCUACCAGGAAAUUCACUGAAUGCCAGAUGAUUAUGAAUGUGCUGUGGACACGAUUGGGGGAGACGGGCAAGGACUGGCGUCUUGUCUACAAGGCAUUGUCUGUCAUAGAGUAUUUGGUGGCACAUGGUUCAGAGCGCGCCGUGGAUGAUAUUAUAGAGCACACUUUUCAGAUCUCUUCGCUUACAAGUUUUGAAUAUGUUGAGCCAAGUGGGAAGGACUCGGGGAUCAAUGUGAGGAAGAAGGCAGAAACUAUCAUUGGCCUUCUGAAUAACCAGGAGAAGAUACAGGAAGCAAGGAAUAAAGCUGCUGCCAAUCGUGACAAGUAUAUUGGUCUUUCAUCUUCUGGAAUCACCUCCAAGGCAAGUUCAGCCUCAUUUGGUAGUAGCAGCUAUAGGAGUAGUGAUCGAUAUGGGGGCUUCAGUGGUGGAAGAGAUACUGAUGGCUUCAAAGAUAGCUACAAGAAGACCGAUAAGGAUGCAUAUAAAUCAGGUCAUAACUGCAUAACUAUUGAUAUGGAUGGAUACAUCUUGAUCUCUCAGUCUGACAUUUAUUUUUCCGGUUUGAAUUGCUUAAUUUGCUUUUACUACAGCAAGGGUCAGCCUAAGUUUUCGCCUGAUGAAUCCAAAACUUCAGCAAACUUGAGAGAGACUAGUAAACCAAAUUCAAUUGCUAUCGAUGAUGACUUGGAUGAUGAUUUUGAUCCUCGGGGAAAUUCGAGAAGUAAGUCGACCGCCCAAACCUCUAGCCAGGUCGAUCUGUUUGGACAGAGUUUGGUGGGGGAUCUCUUGGAUGCACCUACAUCCGUUCCUGCAGAAACCUCUAUUAAGAAUGGCAGUUCUGCAGAUGAUCUGUUUGCUGAUGCAGAUUUUGUAUCAGCAGAACCUCAGGUCGACAAGGUACCAAGUUCUCAAGCACAGGUUGAUCUGUUUGCUUCUCAACCUACCAUACCCGCUCCUGCUUCCGUUGCUCCAUCAACCAUUGACUUUUUUUCUGCCGGCGAACCACCAGCUGUGCCGGAGUCCAAAAAGCCUGUGGAAUUCGGUUCUGCAACUACCAGUGUUGUAGACCCAUUUGCUGCACUCCCAAUAAACAGUUUCGAUGGAUCUGAUCUUUUUGGCGACUUCAGUUCUAGCACCACUUCAGGUACUGCAGAACCUACUAAGAAUCCACCUACAAGUGAUGCUAGCACAAUUGAGAAUCCAACACAGUUUCCAGAGAAAAAGCAGAAUUUUCAGGUGAAGUCUGGGAUCUGGGCUGAUUCAUUAAGCCGUGGGAUAAUCGAUCUCAACAUAUCUGCUCCCAAGAAAGUAUCCCUGGUGGAUGUUGGAGUGAUGGGCGAUCUCGGUGGAGGACAAGAAGAAAAGGAGAAGUCGGCAGCAGCUCCCCCAGCAUUUUACAUGGGGAGAGCAAUGGGAUCAGGAUCUGGUCUCGGCAUGUCAGGUUUCACGACUGGACCUUCGUCUGGGUUUGCAUCUUCACAGCCACAGUCAACCCCUGAUGCUGGAACUGGAGCAGACCAAUUCUUCUCGAGCCUUGGCAGCAGUCAACAAUACCAGUUUGGCGCUUUCAAGUAAUGGCAAAUGGAUUUCGUUGCUGCUGCGCGGUUUAACUCCUACGCUCAUUUCUCCAUUUGGCAACGAGGUUAAUUUUAUUUUAGGGGUGGAUGGUUUUGCUGUGUUCUUAUUGGCGAUUACAUCCGAAAAGGCAUUCAUGAUUUGUUGUUGUUUGAGGUCACGCUUGUCUCGAGUUUACUUGGGUUUGCUGUUGAAAGAGAGAUUUGUAAAGUUUUAUUCAAAUAUGUGAGGAUUCUGCAUCCAACUAUCAAAUUGAUUUCGAAUAAACUGUGAGGCAGUUGUCUAGUGGUUCUUGAUCUGUAGUACAAGUAGCAUCAUAACUCGCACACGAUAUUAGUUUGAAUUCCAAAACUCUCAGAGACAAGCCUUCAAUGACACUACUGCAGAAUGCAUAUAGCUAGAGGCUGAGAAAUCCGUUUCGCCACAGUUUGUUCCUCCAGUAGCAAGUAAAGAAGAAGAAAAAAAAAAGAAGAAAAAACUGGCAAUGCCAUGCUGAGUCCGAACUGGAAAUGGUACAGCAAGUAAGCUAUUCCUUCAAAGCCAAGAUCAGAGCCACGGCUUCAUGUUCCAGCCAGUUUGAGUGCUGGAAAUUGUUGUUUGCCGACAAAGUAUGAUCGGUUAGCAAGGAUGAGGUUAUAACAAAGAUGUAGGAAGCAUGUCAGUUUCACGAAUCAGUAGAAGGAGAUCAGCCUUCCCCUCACAAUUGCUGCUCCUUUCCUCACUUCUUUCACGGAUCCAAUUACAAAAACCUGCAACCAAGAAAUAAUGCAUCACGCAAUGAUGUCCAUCAAAAGGUAACGGAUGGAAUAGAAAUGAUCUCCGAUUUCGUGAAUCGCAUAGAUUUUCUGGCCACUCUAUGUUCUCUCCUGUUUUCAGUUUGUAUACUUUCUGUCAGUCUUACUUGUUCUUGGAGUAAAAUCUAACCAAGUUUUGCUAACAUAUAAUGUUUAGCUGCAGUUUCUUUUUUACGCUAGAUCGAGAGUGAGACCGUAAUGCCUCUGAAUUGG